AUCCAGCAUGCUCAACUGAAGAAUUUUUUUUGUCCAUAACAAUAGCAUUGGGACGAGAGGAUUAUGAAUCUUUUUCUAUCCGUUCGUACUUAAGGACACAAUUGCAAUCAACUCAAAUAUAAUUAACGCAAUAUCUCGGGCAUCGCUUGUGAAAAUGGUGCGUUUUGCUAUUAAAUAAAAUGUAUUGCCAUUAUACCAACGAUUCACUCAACAGGGGCGCAAUACUUAUCAACAUAUUUGUAAAGCAUUUUCUAUAUAAUAUUUGAAUAUUCAGGUUAUACAGUUUUCGAUUCAUAUUUAAUGCUUAUUUUAUUCGUUACACACAGGGUGGGCAAACGAGGGCCGGUGGGCCAGAUACGGCCAUGCAUGCGUGUGUGCCGAAGGGGUUAUGUGAAAGGUUUUCUAAACAAUCAGUGCAAGAAGGAACAAUCAGAAAGAGAUAGGUACGGUUGUCAAUGUGUACACCUAACCGUGUAUCCUGCAGUUCAGCUGCGCGGGGAAUUCCAACACGGAAAAGAACACGGAAGUUGUAACUUUCUGGAGUCACGUAAUGAAACGUAAUGAAACGAUCGUAUCAGCAUUCAAAGAAACAUCCACUCUGAAAGUAGGCUACUGCAUUCAGACCGCAUUUCGACGUAUUGUUUAAGGUAUUGUAUUUGGAUCAUAUUCAGUUUUCAUCUGACAUGUCAGUGGUGUUAAUUAUAGAUCUAAUUCACUGUCGAUGUCCGCAGCACAGCGCUUGUGUGGAGAGGCACAUACAAAGCGUCACAGAUGGGAAUGAUGUAGGCUUUAAAAUCUACCUACUAUUUGGACCAUACUGCCAACGUUGUAAUGAGAAAAAGAACGAGCGCACGGUACCUUUCCUGGAAAGGUAUUUCAGUGAGGAGACAAACGUACACAUAUUGGACUUUAGCACCAUUACGGAGUCUAUGUACCGUUUCAAACUAGCCAUAGACAAACUGGACUUGCACACUGUUCGGGUCUCCACCACAACUAACAGGGUACAUUUGUGGGAAGCAUACCAGGAGCAACUUUUCACGGAGGUGUAUUCAUUUGAUUAUAUUGUCUCAUUUACUGAAUUCCCGUGCCCUGGUCAGGUGGCCUGCAGCUCACAUGACGAGCCUGUCAGUGAGGUGAAGGCUGAGGUCUGUAGCUUUCUGCAGCAGUUGCCUGCUCAAGGAGACAUCACCAUACUGAGAUCUACUCUCAUUUCCGGAUGUUUCUCCCAUGGCUUCAGCACACGUACAGGGGGCAUCUCUUCCAUCUCUACCCUCUUCUCACUCAACCUGUUCUGCAGUUCCAAACGCAGAGACCCCAGGACUCUUGUAGACGAGAACAUUCGGAGACUAGCCCUCAAGGCUGGGUUCUACCCUCGACCACUGCACCCGGUCAAGGUGGACCAUGGCAGUGACGUAUGGGCGAUGGGGAAGGAGGAGGAGCCACAGGACUAUGAUGGAAUCGUAACCAAUCAGAGCGGCGUCGUCAUCGCAGCGCCAGGAGCGGACUGCAUGCCUCUCCUUUUCACUGAUCCCGUGUCUAGGGUUAUUGGAGCAGCCCACGCUGGAUGGAAAGGGACCCUGUUGGGCGUUGCCAUGGCUACGGUCAACACCAUGGUGAUGAAGUUUGGCAGCAGGGUGCGUGAUAUCGUCGUAGCCAUUGGCCCAUCGGUGGGCGUGUGUUGCUUCACGCUGAACAGAGAGCAUGCUGCCAAGUUCUACUCUGUCCACCCGGACUGUGUUUCUGGCAUGGCAGAAACCAGGCCUCACGUCAACAUACGACUAGCCACCAGAAUACUUCUCGAAAGGGGUGGGGUCCUGCCCGAACAUAUCCACGAUGACACUGUGAUGGACAGGCCAAGCGUGACCCUGUGCACCUCCUGUCAUCCUGAGGCUUUUUUCUCCCACGUCAGGGAUGGCCCUAACUUCGGAACACAGUUGGGCUUCCUCUGGAUGGAAGAAACUAGAACUACCGACGGAACACUGAGUGACUGUAUGUUAGAUAAUUAAGGAAUACACUUACAUCCAUAUCUGUUGGUGGUGAAGCUGUACCCAAAACAACAUUUGUAUAUUCCAGGUAUUAUUAAACUUUACUGUGAAUAUUCUAACACUGUACAUUUUUAUUUAUUCUUUAAUUAUAUUUUUCUUUGUAAAGCACAUUGAAUUGCAUCUAUGUAAGAGUUGUGCUAUAAACUUGCUUGCUUGCAGUAACUCUAAUGUACAAAAAGGUGGCAGGAGUGGCCUUCAAUGUGCCAUUUGUAAAUGUCCACCAUAUAAUAAUAAUAAUAAUAGAAACGUUCUAAAUGUAUGUCAAAAGGUACUGGGGAAAGAUGUUAUUUAAGAUAGUGCCCUUCAUUAACGAUUUGUUUUUGUAGUCUUAUUCCAUUCAGGAGAUUCUGUGUACAUUUAUAUUUUGUAUUCCAUGUUUUGGACCUUGUUUUGGUAUAGCGUCCCCUUUUCCCGAACAUGGUGAUGAAUUUUGCCACCUCCUUUCUGCUUCAGUGUGAGCGUCCAGCACCGCCAGGGUUUGGCAAUACUGCCCCAAAGAAGAAAAAAAACAUAACCAGUCCCAAAUAAUUUGGCAUAAAGCUUGAGUGAAAACUAAAAUAAAUAUAGGCUGUACUUUUGAAAGAUGGAGGAUUACACAGACUGAUUUAGACACAUUGCGUUAAAUGUGACAGUUGGCUGUGUUUCUUCUCGACACGUAAGCAAGUUACUAAGUGCUCUAGCAAGCUAAUAGUAAUAAUUAGCAGGCGCAGUAGAUAACUUUAGCAGCCAUUUUGAUUAACAAAAGUUGGUUACGGAAUCAUGACUUUGAAGAGGGGCUAGUUACUUUGUUGUUUAUAUAAAAAUGUAUGAGCUUGUAAAUACGAUGAUGAGCUAAAAUAGGCAAAUAUUUAGUGGAACGCAACGUUGCAAUGAUCAUUUGAUCAAAAAGAAUAGCUAGCAGUCAGUAAAACGAUACUAACUUUAACUGUAAAUGCUAACGACGGGACUGUAGUGACUAACUGAAAUGCUGUAAACUAGCUUAAUUUCUAGCUUAUGUUAAUGCAUCUAUAAUCAAUCUGGUGACAUGAACAUUAUAACAAAUAGUUAUAGCUAUUAAUGAUUUGCAUUUUUAGAGAUGGUGUCAAGUUUUUUUUUACCUUAGUAGGUAAUGUAUUUAGCUGCUGUAUAUGCAUUAUGUAGUUGCUUUGUUGGUCAUUUAUUUCUACAAUUCUACUUCCUGCUGACAGGUACCUUUAAACACUAUGGUGCUUUGUUUUAUAUCUUUGUUCUAAUCUCUGUUUGAAAGAUCUCAGGAAUCACACUUUAUGAAUAGCCCAUAUUUGAAUAGCUGAAUUUACAGGCAUAGAAAGUCACUAGUUCAUAUCUUGUUUCAUUUUAGUGUGUUUUAUGAAGCUGUGCUCGAUUACAGCUACUGUUAAACAUGUGUUAACUGCAUUGUGUAAGUUCCACACCAGAUACUUUAAUUAAACCUGAGUAAUUAAGACCAACAGCUGUGCUUAAUCUGUCUUAAUAUACACACAGAGAGGGGGGGUAAAGGAGUAAGGCAGACUGCGGUACAUCUACAAAAAGUGUGUUGUUCCAGGUAUUGGUCAUUAGGGGGCAGUGUUGGCUGUUAUAAGUCUAGGUGGGAGAAACACUGGGGGAUGUAGGCCUGUACUCAUACUCAUAUCCUCACUACACCAGCAAUCACAUCAACAGGAUUGUCAACGGGUUAUACUUCAGCUACGCUGCACAGGGCUGUCAUGUCGCGUCACCAUUCUCUGUGUGACACCACCUGCUAAAA